UUGAUUGAAGGUGCAGAAGCUUGAGUCAAGAUCUUAAAAACAACCUUCUCCAAGAAGCUUUUUCAGAUCCAUGAAAAAUCUCGGAGCAGGCUGUUGUUGACAUGCAUUUUUUUCAGGCAUGAUGAAUUAUCUAAGAUCACUCAUUUUACUCACGGUUCUAUUGGGAAUGAACAGAUCAACUCUAGCGCCCAAAGACAAAUCAUCAAAAAAAGACAAAAGUCAUCCUUCAAGCAGUAAAAAGAACAGCGGGUCUUCCAACCUCUCAGCAUCAGCUGACAACUCCCAAGGGGACAAAUUAGCACCUGAAGAUUUGACCUUUGAACUGAUGUUAGGUCAGAACAUGACCUCUAUCGGGGUGAAAGGUGACGUCUACGAGCAGACAGUGCUUGCUUACGUGACCCCCUGGAACAACAAGGGAUACGACCACGCCAAGUAUCUGGGUGCUAAAUUCGACAUCAUUUCUCCAGUGUGGUAUCAGCUCAAACGAGUUAAUGGCCAAGUUGAAUUCGCAGGCCUUCAAGAUACUGACUCCUCUUGGAUGCAGGAAGUGCGUGCGUCCAAUCCAGCUGUGAAGAUAGUUCCCCGCAUCCUUUUCGAUGGAUGGAAAUCAGCCGAUCUGAAUGCAUUGUUCGCUAGUGAAAUGACACAGACAGCAGUGGUUCACAAGAUCACCACUUUCAUUCAGUCUCACAAUUUUGACGGGUUCGUCUGCGAGAUUCUUCUGCAAGUUGGCUUUCCAUUCAAAAAUCAGGCCAUGCAUUUCUUGAGUCACUUGGGGGGACUGGCGAGGAAGCAGAAUUUGAUGUUGGUAGUACCUUUGCCCGCGCCCAUACGGGAAGACGGCUCCCCUGUCAACUUCUUCACAGUAGCAGACUUUAGGAAACUCAGAGCAAUGGUUGACUACUUCAACGUCAUGACUUACGAUUAUUCCUCUGGCCGAGAGCCAGGUCCAGUUUCUCCUGCUUCAUGGAUCACCAGCUGCAUUCUAUACUACACCAAGGAUCUCCCGGCAGUCGAGAGAUCGAAAUUCCUAUUAGGCAUGAAUUUCUACGGCUACAAAUAUUACACAAACAACCACAAAGUUGAGGCAAUCACAGGCACUAGUUUCCUGGAACUGCUCAACAAGCACAACACUAAGACGAAGGUACAGUGGGACGAAAAUGCGAUGGAACAUGUGUUUCAGUUCGGAUCCAGUGAGAAAGUGUACUACCCCACGUUACACUCGGUUAAGUUGAGGCUGCAGUUGGCGGAGAAAUUGAAUGUAGGCGUAGCUAUCUGGGAUUUGGGCCAGGGUCUGGACCACUUCCUAAAUCUGUUCUAAAAUACCGUUUUCCUCUAAUUUGGACUUUCGUGAAAUCACUUUUCUUAGACUCGUUGAUAUGAAAGUUUUUUCCGCAAAAAAACGGGAUCAAUGUGAUUUUAGUUCGCUCUUGAUGUUACUAAAGUUGAUUAAGCCCUCCGAAAAUGAUUCCAGGAUGGAAGAUAAAGGGUUUUUCAGAUUGAACAUUGGACAAAUCGGUACUUUGUUUUACUGAAUAAGAAUAUAUAGUCGCCUUUAGAGAAAAUUCCCAGAUUGUUCGGCCGAAAAUGGUUGGUAUAUUAUUAUAGUAGCAUGGAAUUGCAAGGAGACAAACUGUUGAGGGGGACCCCUAAAUAGUGCUUAAUAUAUCUGAUGGCUGUCAUGUUUUAAAAAAAGCGAUUUAAUGAAAAGUGACCGUGAAAAUACAUCAAAGGUUAGUCAGGAAACCUAAAUUAAAUGUGAGAUUAGCUGCCAUUGAGCUCUCAGAAUAGUUUUGUACGCGUUGUAAAUUAUUUGUAUUUGUUAAAAUUCUGUAAAUUAUGCUUUCCAAAUGUUAAUAAAGUGUCCUUCAACUUA